UUAUCCAGUAAUUACCCACAGAUAUAUAUAUUAUCCAUAUGUAAUAAUUUAUUUGUUUUAUACAUUCAACCCCACUAGAUGUUAGCUGUGUAUCAGUGUACGCCCACCAACUGUUUGUUCAAUUGACAGGCACGGCCAGGGAGGUUUUUCAGUUCACACAUUCUGACCAAGCUCUUUCCCACACACGCGUCUACACACUGUGCUUGUUGUUCAAAUAGGGGCGGCUCUCUUUAUGGUCUGGAGCUUAUCUUUUAUGCGCAUGUUGUGAUCAAUAGUGUGAAUUUGCUCAGAUGGAAAGUCUUGAGUUUUUGGUGGAUAAAAGAUUAUAAUCGACUCUAGUUCAAAUCUUGAUGGCUCAUUUGUUUAAAAGGCCCCAAAACCUUUUGAAGAGCCUUGAUGCGCUUCAUUCCUAGUUACCAGCUGGUGGAUUCUCAUUGAGUGGGAAAUUUUAGGACAUUUGGGUCAGCAAAAUCUCAAGAAAAAUUAUAAAAUUGGAGAUUUUUCUAACGGAUCCAAAUACGGAGACUACUAGUUGGUGUGAUUUGCCCGAGGGCCUCGAGUGCGUACUGAAUAUAAUAAGGGCCCUUCCAAUGGGGUCCUGCUUUUCAAGUGAAAGCAGGAGCCCUCUACCUAGUUCGCCUGUGGGUGCUAGGAAGAAAAAGGGUUCGAAAAGGAGGGGCGUCUCACGAGAAUCUUCCUUUGACUCUAGGAAGGAAGAACAAUUGCACCGGAUUUCUGGAAGGUUGUUCUUGAAUGGUUCAAGCGAGAUUGCUUCACUUUACACUAAGCAAGGCAAGAAAGGGAUCAAUCAAGAUGCCAUGAUUGUAUGGGAGAACUUUGGUUCGAGAACAGACACUGUUUUCUGUGGUGUUUUUGACGGCCACGGUCCCUAUGGUCAUCUGGUCGCAAAACGAGUUAGAGAUUCUCUUCCUCUGAAACUGACUGCAAACUGGGGAGUUGAUAUAAAAAGUGACGAGAUUCUUAGGGCUUCCAGUUUAAGCACUGUGGAAAGUUUGCGCACAGAUGAUACUUCCUUUGUGUCUGUUGAUGAGGAAGCUAGAGCAUCCAUUGAUGAUAUUGACGAUAAGCGAUCAGAGGUCUUUGAGACAUUGAAAAAUUCUUUCCUGAAGGCCUUUAAGGUUAUGGACAAGGAGUUGAGGAUGUAUUCGAAUAUUGACUGCUUUUGCAGUGGAACAACAGCAGUAACCUUGGUGAAACAGGGUCAAGAUAUUGUAAUUGGAAAUGUUGGGGACUCAAGAGCUGUAUUGGGUACAAGAGAUCAAAAUAAUCUACUAACUGCUGUCCAAUUGACUGUGGAUCUUAAACCUAACCUUCCAGCGGAAGAAGAGAGGAUCCGCAAGUGUAAAGGACGUGUUUUUGCCCUUAAAGACGAGCCUGACGUUGCAAGAGUGUGGCUGCCGAACAUUAACUCCCCGGGCCUUGCCAUGGCCCGUGCAUUAGGUGACUUCUGUCUCAAGGACUUUGGCCUCAUAUCUGUGCCAGAAAUCUCGUACAGGCGCAUCAUGGAUGAAGAUGAGUUCAUUGUCUUGGCAACCGAUGGGAUUUGGGAUGUUCUGUCGAACGAGGAAGUGGUGAAAAUCGUGGGUUCUUGCGCAACACACUCGAAUGCCGCUCGAACGCUAGUGGAGUCAGCUGCCAGGUCAUGGAGGAGCAAAUAUCCAACUUCAAAAGUUGAUGACUGUGCAGCCGUUUGCCUCUUUCUUGGCUCAAACGAGUGUGCUUGCUUCACAACCAAUACUAAUGAGAAUAUAUCAUCACUUGAACAAACCGAUGCUGCCAAAAAUGACGAUCUUCCUGGUCCAAAUGGAUUGAACCGUUCAGAAACUGUCCGAGAGGCCAAUGAGGAAGAAAUUUCAGUCGACGAGCCAAAAAACAAUGAAUAUGGACAGGAUUUGGAUGGAGUUUCUCGUGUAAACACACUGUUGACCGUGCCAAGGUUCCAGUAAAUGCAUAAAACUGCGUAAAUGAAGGGUACAAGGUUUGCAUAAAUAUCUUGCUAGUGAUUUACGUNAAUUCU